AUUAUCUUUAGGACGUAGCGGCUUCGCGCUGGGGCAGGAAACGCGCUAAGACGCUCUCUUCUCAAGCGUAACGCGUCCCUCUUUCCGUGCAGGUCUGCGCCGAGUAGACGCCGCCUAUUACUGUCUACUGCCCUCUCUAACCCUGCUCUAACAGCGUGCUACCGCCCUAAGCGCGUCGUACACCUUCAAACAACUCCUUGGUCACCCACGUCCAAGAUGCAAAUGCGCAAACGCUAUUUCUAAAAUUUUCGAAUUCUCGGAUUCAUCUGAGCUGAAGCCGUCAGGAGAGUCUCGUAUCCUGCGAGGUGUUCAAGUACCACCGCCCGUCGCAGAUCGCGACACGGUACCUCGCAGGCGGUCUCAAAAGCCACCUCGGUACCUCGCAGGCGGUCUCCCUAUGACAAAGUUUUCAGACGUCUCAAAACUAGGCCGGUAGUUUUGAGAGCGAGAUUACCGAGGUUUCGCGUCAGUUUCAUUCGCGUCGUCGCAUCCGCAAAUCUCUCAGCGUCGCUCAACGAUGAAAUCGCCGCCUUCGCGCGGCUUCGGCCUCGGGUCGCUCGUGUCGCACGGAUGGGCGAUCCUCGGACUCAAACGGAACAGUUCUUAUAACGAGCGAUUUCCUGGCAGCGGAUCGUCCUCCUCUGAUUGGUCCAGCUCCUUCUGGCUUCGUUAUAGUCUCAUUGCCAUAAACGCGUGCCUUGUCAUCCUCGUUAUAAUCGAGAGUUCACCGUUUUGCGUACGUCCCCCGGGUGGCGGCGCCGGCGGCCUCCCCGAGCCCGCGUCCGCGAAGAGCUGGGGGAGCGUUGCGCGGAUGCGGGGGUUACGACAGGCGCUCCCGCUCUUGGGGCUAGGCAGCGGGGAAGCCGCGCGCGUGGACUCAGGUGGCUCAGGUGGUUUUCCAGGUGGUGCAACAGAGGAGCGCAUUUGCUGGACCUCGUCAGGAGACUACUCUUCCCCUUCCGGCGUGGUGGUGCACGGCCCCGGCUGUGCUUCCUGCCUGCGAGGCCAGCGCUGCUCCUUCCUCGUCUCCAUCAGCCCGCCGGCGCACUGGAUAGAGCCGGGGCAAGCAGACAGGGCGCAGCAAGACGGGCAGGCGGACGGCGGCAACAGCAGCAGCAGUAGCGGCAGCAGCAGCAGCAAGCACACGUGGUGGCAGAAGGACCUCACUCUGCUGCUCCGAGGCCCGGCGCUGGCCCAUGGGGACGUGCGGUGUCUGGACCCUCCGUCCUGCCUGGACUUGUCUGUUUCAUACCGCGUGUGGGACAUUGGAGAAUACUGGGCUACUCUCAAUGUUGGCUGUGCGAACCUCAAUUUCUCAGCAGCUUCCAAGCACCACCUGACCUCCACCUACCACAACAGCCUCACUUCCUGGCCAAUCUCCAUCCACCCGCGCUCCAGACCUAACCCCCCGAGCCUAGCUUCCGAACCUAACCUAGCUAACGGCCUAAGCCUAGCUGCGGAGCCUCCACACCGAGCCUCCGCUCUUCCGAACCUGGCCCGCUGGUUCGGCAGCUCGCCUCUCCGAACCUCGUUGUUGGGGGUGCCGGUGACAGGGGGUGGUUUGGCCAGGAGUUUGGAACCAGAGAGGAAGCUUCCUCUGAGCCCGUGUGACUCGGUGUCGGUUCCUGGGAGAUGGGCGAAGGAGGAAGGAGGAGAGGGGUACAGUUGGUCCUUCUUCCCCUGCUCCCCGCGCGAGCUCCCCCCCUCUGAGUGGAUCUCAGCCCUUGAUCGGCGCGGCAUCCGGGAGAUCUCAAUCGUCGGCGAUUCGCAUCAACGGUUCCUAGCAGCCCAUCUGUUCUACCUGCUUUCCGGGGAAGAUAUGGAGGAGAGGGAGAGGGGGAAGGGCGUUAACGAGAAUCGGGUGUACAUUGCAAGUGAUGGGAGUAACAAAACUCUACAGAUUAAUUUUUACUGGAUCGGUGGAAUCUACGAGGAUGGGGAGUACGGAUGCAGCCACCCACGCAUUCUCAACCGCACUGGAGCGUUCCCAACCCUGUCUCCCACUGCCGACGUCGCUCUCUUCGAAGCUGGCUACUGGGCGGCUGUCUUUUGCCAGGCACCUCUUAAAGCCCUGCAAAAACACCUGCAAACCUUUCUCCGCUGGGCUGCUUCCACAGUCACCCCCGGAAAAGGCAGGGUGGUUUUCCGGACUAUCCCCUCUUUUCCAGUCGGGGGAGAAUGGUGCAACAGCUGGCAUCCUGGUCCGAGCUCGAAUCGAGCUGGCAUGGCGAUAAACGCGUUAUUGAAGCGCCUUGUAAGGAGGAUGGGGACAGGAGGUGGGAGCAGCACGGGCGGCCAUGUGGAGGAAAAUUGUGUGGCAGAUUUGGACUGUAGCUUGCAGGAAAUGCCUGGGGAGGAGGGUCAGGUGCCUCUGAGUGGGCUGAAAUUGCCUGGGGAGGAGGGUCAGGUGCCUCUGAGUGGGCUGAACUUGCCUGGGGAGGAGGUUCAGGUGCCUCUGAGUGGGCUGAACUUGCCUGGGGAGGAGGGUGAGGUGCAAAUAAGGCGUGGAUUGAGUGGGGGAGGUGGGGAAGGUGGAGGAGUGGAGGGGAAUGCUCAUGGAGUAGCAGGAGCAGGAGCAGCACCAGCAAAAGCAGCAGCAGCAUCACCAGCAGAAACAGCAGCAGCAACAGCAUUCGCACCAUCUGUUUUGGAUUUAUGGAUGGUGGACGGUCCCCGGUACACGGGCACGGGCCGGCGCCACGACCACCACUACUCAGCGCUCUUGCGGGCAGGGAGGGCGGGGCCGAUGGUGGUGGGGGGGGAUGUGGGGGAGGCGCAUGUGCGAGCCUUGCUGCACUAUCUGCUGCACGUGAUGCCUUGAGGCAAAUAUUGAGCUUAAUAUUCGGCCCUAUGACCACCGCUGCUGUACACUCGUGCAGGUAAAUGGAGGCGGGCGCUUUGCUUGAGCGAGUUCAUUAUUGUUUUAUGUACCGUAAUGCUAGAUUAUGCACUGCACAACCACGGCGACACACUUGCGAAGCUUGGUGCACUUACUCGGUGCAUUAAUGCCUUAAAGGGCUGAAUUGAUAUAUCACGCUCUAAAAAACCAAGUGUUCUUCAAUCAUGCUAGACCAU